AUGUUUAUUUAUUUACUUUUACCUUAUUUUAUUCAAAUUUUGCUAUCAGUAUAUUCCAAAAAUAAGGUGCCAUUCCGUUUGUUAGGAUUUUUCCAAUUUCUUUUUAUUUUUUUCUUUUAUCAAAUCACGUGA